UAUGCAGCAAAUGUUAUUUAUUAAAUAAUAUACCCUGCAUAAUUCAUAUCCAGUUGAUGCAUUCACAAUAUUAAGAAAUUAGGUUCCAUAAUCCAAUUGCAAAGUUUCAUAUUUCUACCUCUCCCUACAUGCAGGAAAGAUUUAAUAUGAGCUCAGCAACAGAGGACAAGAUGAAGGAAGUGAAGAAGCUUCAGGAGUUUCUCGGAGAUUUGGUGGCACUGGGGUCACUGCAGGGUUUCCGAUACUUCCAGCCCUGGCUAAGGGGCCGUGAGGAGCUGCUGCUGACUGUGGUGAACGAGGAUGUUAGCUGGCGAUCGGCUAGUCUCCCCAAGAGCCUGGUUAAUUCUCCCGACGAGGAUGUUGGAGCUGCUGAGCUGCCCUACGCUGACCAAUCUCUGCUGACAUCGCUGCGAUCACAGAAGAGAAUGAGUGGUUGUGGUUACACUGACACGGGGCUGCCUCCAGCCUCCCCCUGUGACCGAGAAAUUGCGCUCCCAGAACUGAACUGCACCCUCUUCCUGUUGGCAUGCUACGCCAAGUACCAGUGCCCUUACGUGUGGAUCCGAUCAAACCACGAGCGCCUCAUUAAAGCGACCGGCGGGUCCUGGGCAGCCAAGGACAGCCCUCUGAAGCUGAACGCCACCCGGGAUUGGCACCGGAACGACGGACUGAUUUGGGAAAUUGUGGCGGAGCUCGUGGAACUCUGCACAUGGCCUCCACCAUCGAACCCGUUCACCCUGGACAUCAGGUACUUUGAGUCCCUCCCUCUGAUAGAGAGAUUCCUGGCAUCAGGGGCCAUGGCCAACUUCCUCCAGAGGAUUGUGAUCUACGGAAACCGGGAGAAGCUCUAUUACACCAAAGUUUUGGAGGAGCUCGAAACCCUGAACAGGUUUCACGUUAAAGCUCUCCACGAGAUGCAGAAACAGAAGCGGAGAGAGAUGGAGGAGGAGGCAGACGACGAAUACGGGUUUAACAGCAACUUAUCCAACGGCGAGUGACUGGGCCAUUACCUUUCAUCUAAAACUCUGGAACAAAUCCAGCCAAGCGUAGUGUAGGCAAGUAGACUAUAUGGAUAAAGGGAGGGACAAAGAGGCAUAAAAGUCGUGAAAUGGGGGUUGAUUCUGAACUUUUAAAGUGUCAAUUUUGUGUGCAGGGAGGUAGGUUCCCAGAACGAUUUUUUUUUUACUUAACUACCAUGAUGUUGGAAAUGCCGGGGGAUCAGAGUAGCAACACGGGUCAUUCAAUUUGGGUUAUUGUGUGAACAUUGAAAGAUCAGAGAUGGGAGAUGGCGAGACCGACUGAGGGAUGGAGCUGGAGAGAAGGACAGACUGAAGAAGGGCAGAUGGAGGGAGAGACACAGCGAGGGAUGGGAGAUGGAGGGAGAGACAAACUGAGGAACAGAAGGCGGAGCAUGAAAACCGACUGAGGGAUGGGGGCUGGAGGGAAGGACACACUGAGGAAGAGCAGAUGGAGGGAGAGACACAGUGAGGGAUGAGAGAUGGAAGGAGAGCCACCUUGUUAAAUUGUUAAAUUUGGCUUAUGAAUUAAGAGCGUAAUUUUUGAUCAGGAAUUAGCUCCUCCGAUGGCUUUGUGGUAUGGGCUGAGCUGAAGGUGCCACAAGAGCUGGUCUCAAGUCGAGUUCAGUACUGGGCUCCAGUGCUCCUCAUAGAAGGCAGGGAAAUAUCGGCCAAGUAAUACAAACUGGUGAUUCUCACUUGGAUAUGUGUGCACCAAAUGGGCUAUAAACCCCCGUGGGUGAAUAGCACUCACUUUUCAGGAAGAGAAGGCAAAUAGAUGAGGUAUCAAAGCCUGUGAAACUGGAGCAAGCAAGAAUCAGAGCCAUCAGGUGAGCAAGGGUGAAAAUCAGCACAUCUCACACACACUACUUCCCCUGUCCAAUGGUCCUCAGUUCUCCGCACCUGUGUGUGCACGUUCUCAGUAAUUGCCAUUGAUUCACACUUCAUGAACUUAUAAUAAAGAU